CUAUUCUUCCCCCCCCAUCUAUUUUCUAUCUACUCUCUAUGCUACUUAUUUUCUGUACCUUCUCCCCCCUUCUCCUCCCACUCCCCUGUUGUUAACCCUCCUUGAGAUCUUCGUUUCUAUGUUUCCACUCCUGAUCUAGCUGUCCUUUUAGUUUGCUUUUGUUUUAGGCGUGGUUGUUAAUAACUGUGAGUUUGUUGUCCUUUCACUGUGCAUGUUUUCUUUUAACUUCUUUUUCUUAGGUCCCUUUAACAUUUCAUAUAAUAAGGGCUUGGUGAUGGUGAACUCCUUGAAUUUGAUCUUAUCUGAGAAACACUUUAUCUGUCCUUCCAUUCUAAAUGAAAGUUUUGCUGGAUAGAGUGAUCUUGGUUGUAGGUCUUUGGAUUUCAUGACUUGGAAUACCUCUUUCCAGCCCCUUCUUGCCUGUAAGAUCUCUUUUGAGAAAUACGCUGACAGUCUGAUGGGAACUCCUUUGUAGGUGACUGUCCCCUUAUCUCUUGCUGCUUCUAGGAUUCUCUCCUUCAUUUGAAUCUUGGCUAAUGUAAUGAUGAUGUGCCUUGGUGUGUUCCUUCUUGGGUCCAACUUCUUUGGGACUCUCUGAGCUUCCUGGAUUUCCUGGAAGUCUAUUUCCUUUGCCAGAUUGGGGAAAUUCUCCUUUAUUAUUUGUUCAAGUUUUCCACUGGUGGCUGUUCCUUUCCCCCUUCUGGUACCCCUGUAAUUCAGAUGUUGGAAUGUUUAAAGAUGUCCUGGAGGUUCCUAAGCCUCUCGUUAUUUUUUUGAAUUCUUGCUUCUUCACUCUUUUCUGUUUGGCCAUUAUUUGCUUUCUUCUGGUCCACUCCAUUGAUUUGAGUCCCAGUUUCCUUUUCAUUGCUAUUGGUUUCCUGUGCAUUACUAUUCAUUUCAAUUAGUUUCACCUUCAUAUGUUUGUCUAAUUAAAGACUAACUGGUGGCUAUAAUCAACCAGUUCUGUGAGGAUCCUGAUCACCAGUGUUUUAAACUGUGCGUCUGAGAGUUUUGCUAUUUCUUCAUCACUUAGAUUUAUAGGCUCUGGGGCUUUGAGAUCUUCUUGAGCCAUUUUUGGUCUGUUGUUGCUCAUUAAGUAUGGGGAGGGGAGCCUUGGACUCCCAAGUCUCUGGGUUGUGACGCUGUAUGUGGAGGUGGGGUCAGAGCGGGGAAAUGGCUGUCCCCUCUGCUGUUUCUUGCAGCUGGGUGAAGAGCAGAGCCUUAGGUUGUUCACCGGGGCAGGGCCACUUAGGUCGCUGGAUUAUGACGCUGUAUGUGGAGGCGGGGUUAGAGCGGGGAAAUGGUGGCGUCCUCCGCAGCUGGGGCUGCUGGCUCUUGUCCAAUUGCCCACUCCCUGGCUUGUCUCUCCACACAGGAAUGCGCGACCACAGUCAACCCGCAGCUCUACUCUCUCGCUGUUUCCCCGCGAUUGCUUGCUGAGUUGCCCACCAGGUCCAACCCUGGGCCUGGAUUCCUCGUGCCUGAGUCCGCCUGAGUCCAUCUGACCGAGUUUUCCUGUGCUACCCCACUCUGCCAGCUGCUGGUUUCGCUCCUCUUACCGGUCAGGCUAAAGCAUUUGUUGUUAUCAGAUUUCCGAAAAGUUCAAUUUUUCUGUGUUCUGGCUGUGUUUUCUGUUGCUAUUAUUUAGUUGUCUCUAAACUUGGUUGUGUGAGAAAGCACGGUGUCUCUACUUAUGCCUCCAUCUUGUCGGAAGUCCUUUGUUUUUUAAUGGUAGAAGUCACUCCACUGAUAUCUGUUAUAAUAACUGAUGAACUUGAUUAUAUUCCUUUAUUUUAAUUUGACAGCAAAUAUGUCUAUUCUUUAUUAAACAUAGUCAUGCUCAGGAAGUACUAAACAAUUACUUGAGUUUCAGUCUUGACGAGCUGUAUGUGAACAGACAGUAGGCGUUCCGAGUGAAAAUAACUGCUAGAAAAUUGGAAGUAGAAGAUUAGAUAGAACCUAGGCCAGAAAACAAGACUGGACAGUGCAAAUUGGCACCACUGCACUAUUAGUCAAGGUCUCCAAAGAUACAGAACCAGUAAGUUAGACAGAGAGUGAGAACAAGAGUGAGAAUGAAAGAGAGAGAUUGAUUUAGUUGUAGGAAUUGGCUCACAUAAUUGUAGGGAAUGGCAAAUCUGCAAUCUGCAAAGCAGGCUUUCAACCAGGAAAUUCAGGGAAGAGUUUAUGUUACAGCCAUGAGUCCAGGAUGUGCAGUAUUGAGGCAGAAUUUUUUCUUCAGGAGCUCUUGAGUUUUUGCUUGUGAUGCCUUCAUUCACUUGAACGAGACUUAACCAUACUGUGGAAGGUAACUGGCUUGAUUUGACAUCAGCUGGUUUCAAUCUUAAUCACAUCUAAAAAAUAAAUACCUUCACAACACUAUCCAAACUGGUGUUUGACCAAACACUUGGGCAACAUAGCCUAGCCAGGUUGACACAUAAAUUUAACCAUUACCUCAGCACCAUAGAAAAAGGUGACUAAAUGUAAAUGGAUUAUUUCUAAAGGGAACAACAGCUACAAACAAAAACAGAGCCCAAGUUCAAGGAUUUAGCAUUAGGCAAUUAACUACCAUAGUUGGUUUUGAUUACUUCACUCAGGAAUCCAAGUGUGCCUAUUCUUUUGGUGAUAUUUAAAGUGUGUUCUUGACAUACAAAAUGUAUACUUAUUUUUUUAUUUUUAGUGUUUGUCAGUUUUUCUUUAGACCAGAACUCAGAUUUGCAGAGAUUUCCUGAGUGUCUGCUGUUUCAUUUGUCUUCUCUGCCUCUGUGGUAUGUUUGUCCUGGGUUUAUGACUUAUAAUAUGUUAAUCCUACCCUGUGUAGUCCUUACAGGCCUCCAUACAGUUUAAAGCUAAAUAAAUAUCCCUGUUCUACUGUUGCUUUGCUGAUAGACUAUCUCUGUCUGGACUAUUCUAGACCCAUCUGUUGACUUGGUAUAUCUGGGAGGAUCUGCAGAAGUCUCUGUUUACUCUUUGUGAUCUAAUAUGUACUUUCAGGUUAGUUUACCAAUUAAAUCCUUCCAGCAUGGCUUAGUUCAGUUAAGAUUUUAGUACCUUCAAAAUGACAAGCAAUUUUAUUAAACUAGCGAUCACAGUGCCCAGUGGUUAAGCAUGUGUGUUUUGAGUUCAAAUCUUGGGUCUGCCUGGGUUCAAAUUCAAACUCCAGCACUUAGUAGCCAUGUUAAAUUAUUCAUAUUACCUAACCUCUCUGAGGUUCACCUUCUCCCUCUGUGACAUGGGGGUUAUUAAAUGCUUUUGCAUGAUACUAUUGUUGUGAGGCUUAAAUGAAAUGAAGAUUGGUUAUUUUAAUUAUAAAAAUAUUGCCGUGACCGGUGUGUCUCAGUUGAUUGGGCAUCAUCCUGCAAAGCCAAAGGUCACUGGUUCAAUUUCCAGUCAGGUCACAUGCGUGGGUAGUGGGUUCACUCCCUGGUCAGGGUGUGUGCGACAGGCAACCUGAUUGAUGUUUCUCUCCUGCAUAGAUACUUCUGUAUUUCUAUAGAAAUAUACCUAUAUUUCUCUCCCUUGCUGUCUCCCUCCCUUCACUUCUCUCUAAAAAUAAAUAAAUAAAAUUUGAAAAAUAAAAGUUUUUCUACCUAAAGAAGUAUUUCCACCUAAGGAAGUAUUUCUUUUCUACAUGCAACUCUUAACUCAUGUUUUUUUAAGAAACAAAAAUUCAGGCCAUAAAUGCUUAACUACAACCUCUUUUGCCAAUUAUUUGUAUUCUCCUAUUUUCAUGGGCUUUUUCAGUGAGCAGUUUCUAUGUCUAUUAUAAAAUAGGUUUGAUGAAACAAAUUCAAGAGAAUCUUACUAUCCAAGCCAAACAGAGAUACCUCUGGUGUUGCUAAUUUAGAAAUAAAUUACUCCAUCUGCAUGCAUUUAUUGUGCUUUGACUUAGUGUAGUGCUUAGUUGCUGUCAGGCAAAUCACAAUGUUAUUGAAGCUUAGUCCUACUUGAUAAUUUUCUUACAGACGUUAGGAAAAAUCAUUACUGGACUGGUCACCUCUGGGCAAGUCUUGGCAUUUCUGCCCAGCCCCCAUUUGUGUUGUACUUCUUGCUGAGACUGUUGUUGUCCAAAACUUUCCCCAUUCUAAAUAUUUCAAGAUCCUCAUAUCACCAUAAUGAUGUCAUUGCUGUUACAGAUCUUCUGUAAGUCUUUACCUCUGCCUGCCUGCCUGCCGGCCAAAGAAUGGGUUCAUCAGGUUGCUGUCACCUCUGAGUUAUUUCUGUGACUACUUCCACUUUCCUGACAUUCAGAUUCUGACUCUUCUCACACUUUUUUCCAAGCUUGAAUUUAGUAAGUAAAAGCUGAGAUAUUAGAAUUUCCUAAAUAUGUUCAGGGGAAGAUUCGGCAAAAUUGGUAACCACUCUGACUGCUGAGUCAACUUUGGCAGACUCCUCUCUCUAACAGAACUUUGAAAAGUAACUGCAAUUGAGUUGUGCUCUACCCCAUUUUUGGAUUUCACUGAGUAAAGCCUAGAUUUGGCUAGAUCUUGUAUCCCUAACAAUAGUCUUGCUUCUGAGGAGUGUUUAAACUCAUUCAGCUGUAUUAAACCAGGCUAGUUCUUGGAUUCCCUUGGAAGGUCAUAAUGUCCUAUCUGUUGACGAUGAACUAUGGCAAUGCAAAACUUCAAGAACAGUCAGAGGAGAGGAUCUGAAGCAUUUAGAAUUCCUUCUAUGGAAAGAGCCAUUCUGAGUUUGUACCUAGGAUUCCUCUCCCUGCAUGCACCUGGGCGGGCUCAGCCAAGAGUGGAGACUUGUCUUUGCUGUCUGACCUUUGAGGACAGAUGUUGCCAAGACUUAUUGCAGUUUGCAGCAGAUCUGUGGCAAGUUAAAGCAGCUUCCAAACAUUGCAGUCUUGUGACAGAUUCUGCUGGAGGCUGCCUAGCUCAUUCCCACUGAAGAAACUUCCUGCUAGGUACAGCUUUUGACAGCCAUUUGAUAACAUAAUUAUAAAUCUUAUGGGUUUGGAGCAAGUCCCAUUCAAACCUUUUGGUACCUCCAGGUCAGCAAUCUUGAACUUGAGAGUGUCUGCUGUAAAUUUCAAGGUGAGAGAGAGGAAGAGGGCUGAGCCCAGUGUCACUAAGAUGGGUUGGGCACAAAUUUGGCAAAAAUCUGUCCAAAGCUUUGUGCAGACCAGGGAUUCUGUAAGACUUGGGUAGUUAAAAGUGGAUGGAUGAAUGAAGAAUUAAUGUCUUAGAGCCUAUUGACCAUUCCCAAGAAAAGCCAAGAACACUGAUUUCGAUGUUGUUCUGGUAAUUUAUACAAGCUAGGACAAACAUGCCAAAGAUGUAUGACAGGAAAGAGUUAAAAAAUUCUCAACAUGUUCUACUAUCUCUGCAAGCCAGAGGCCAAGGGAAAAUGCCUGCACAAACACACACACAUUUCAGCAAGGAACCUGUUUUGCAAGUUUUGCUGGUAAAAAAGUAGGAAGGGGUUGCUUGAGAACAGAGUGGAAAGCCUUAGAAGUAUUGAUUGAAGGUUUUUCAAAACCUACAUUUUCAACGUAACUUUAUCCUUCAAAGAGAGGCACAUGUGCCACUGUAGGUUUAUCUUCAACUGAUUAAGUGCAUUGUUAGACAGGGAGGGGCAGAUUAACGAAUGCCUAUAAUUUUGAUCAUUGUUUUCUACAAAACAGCUCAGGCUUUGAAAAUGAAGCCAUCAUUCUUGGCUAAGUUUUUGCCAACAGCACAAAUUAUACUGUGCAGAGAUCCAAAGCCCCUAAAAAGGUUUCAUUAAUGAACAAUUUCAGAUGAUUGUUUAAGUCUUUGCCUGACAGGUACUGUUGGCACAGAGACAGGUGGGGUUAGGGUUUCCAUGGAGAUUUAUGAUGUCAUGCUUGAAAGAGCAUGUCAAGACAGCCAAUUUAGCAAGUAGCUACUCAAAAAGUCCUAUAGGCUAGAAGUAGGUUUUAUGCAAAUGACAGGAGUUUCACUGGGAAAAACAGCAAAGAAAACAGUAGAGAGACAUGGAGGGGGGUUUACCUGACAGCUCCGAAGGAUGACCCUGGAAUCCAUUAGAGAUGAAACUUCCAGAAGAAGAAUUAGAUUUUGUACUUUAACUGUUGCCUCACCUGUGGAGCUCUGAGUACAGACAAGAAGCCCUAAACUGUCUCACAGUCCUCAACCUCCCAGUUUGGGUGAGCCGGUCGAGCAUUUAUCAGAGACAUCAGGUGAUUCUUUGGAAGCCAUGUCUGAGGGAGAAGCUCCAAGUCCUUUCUCCAGAGGCAGCCGGACUCGAGCAAGCCUUCCCGUGGUGAGAACAACCAACCAGACGAAAGAAAGAUCUCUGGGGGUUCUCUAUCUGCAGUAUGGAGAUGAAACCAAGCAGCUCAGGAUGCCGAAUGAAAUCACAAGUGCAGACACGAUCCGGGCUCUCUUUGUAAGUGCCUUUCCACAGCAGCUCACCAUGAAAAUGCUGGAGUCGCCCAGUGUCGCCAUUUAUAUCAAAGAUGAAAGCAGAAAUGUGUAUUAUGAAUUAAAUGAUGUAAGGAACAUUCAGGAUCGAUCGCUCCUCAAAGUGUACAACAAGGACCCCGCACAUGCAUUCAAUCACAUGCCCAAAACUGUGAAUGGAGACAUGAGGAUGCAGAGAGAAAUUGUUUAUGCAAGAGGAGAUGGCCCUGGUUCCUCUCGACCUGGAUCCACAGCUCAUCUACCCCAUGCCAUUCCAAAUUCUCCGCCUUCCACUCCUGUCCCCCAUUCCAUGCCACCCUCCCCAUCCAGAAUUCCUUAUGGGGGCACCCGCCCCAUGCUUAUUCCUGGUAAUGCCACCAUCCCCAGGGACAGACUCUCCAGUCUGCCAGUCUCCAGAUCUAUCUCACCCAGCCCAAGCGCCAUUUUGGAAAGAAGAGAUGUAAAGCCAGAUGAAGACAUGAGUGGCAAGAACAUUGCAAUGUACCGAAAUGAGGGUUUCUAUGUUGAUCCUUACUUGUAUCACGAAGGAAGGAUGAGCAUAGCCUCUUCCCACGGCGGCCACCCACUGGAUGUCCCCGAUCACAUCAUUGCAUAUCACCGCACAGCAAUCCGGUCAGCGAGUGCGUACUGCAACCCUUCUUUGCAAGCGGAAAUGCAUAUGGAGCAGUCACUGUACAGACAGAAAUCAAGGAAGUAUCCAGACAGCCACUUGCCUACGCUGGGCUCCAAAACACCCCCUGCCUCUCCUCACCGGGUCGGUGACAUGAGAAUGGACAUGCACGCUCAUCAUAAUGCCCAUGGACCCCCUCACACCAUGCAGCCUGACCGGGUCUCGCCCAGCCGCCAGGCCUACAAAAAGGAGGCAGGCACCUUGGUGUAUAUUGAAAAGCCACGGACUCCAGGACUAUCAGGAAUUGUGGACCUUGGUCCUCCUCUAGUGGAGAAGCAAAUGUUUGCUUAUAGCACUGCUACGAUACCCAAAGACAGAGAGACCAGAGAGAGGAUGCAAGCCAUGGAGAAACAGAUUGCCAGUUUAACUGGCCUUGUGCAGUCUGCGCUUUUUAAAGGGUCCCUCACAAGUAAUAGCAAAGAUGCAUCUAGCGAGAAAAUGAUGAAAACUACAGCCAAUAAGAACCACACAGAUAGUGCGGGAACUCCCCAUGUCUCUGGCGGGAAGACUCUUGGCGCCCCGGAGUCUGCAGGGCCAUACAGCCAGCCCCUGGCCCCUAGCACCUCAGCUGUCCACCUGAGCCUGCUCGACAUGAGGCGGAGUGUGGCAGAACUCAAGCUCCAGCUGCAGCAGAUGCGACAGCUCCAGCUGCAGAACCAGGAGCUGCUGAGGGCAAUGAUGAAGAAGGCUGAGCUGGAAAUCAGUGGCAAAGUGAUUGAAACAAUGAAGAGACUGGAGGAUCCUGUGCAACGUCAGCGUGUCCUGGUGGAGCAAGAGAGACAGAAAUACCUGCGCGAAGAGGAGAAGAUCGUCAAGAAGUUGUGUGAGCUGGAAGACCUUGUUGAAGACUUGAAGAAGGACUCUGCGUCGGCCGCCCGAGUGGUGACUCUAAAAGACGUGGAAGAUGGGGCUUUCCUCCUGCGACAAGUGGGAGAAGCUGUAGCUUCUCUGAAAGGAGAAUUUCCGACCUUACAAAACAAGAUGCGAGCCAUUCUGCGCAUUGAGGUGGAGGCCGUGCGGUUUCUGAAGGAGGAGCCGCACCGGCUGGACAGUCUCCUGCAGAGAGUGCGGAGCAUGACCGACAUCCUGACCAUGCUGCGGAGACACGUCACCGAUGGGCUCCUGAAAGGCACAGAUGCAGCGCAGGCUGCACAAUAUGUUGCUAUGGAAAAGGCCACCACCGCAGAGGUCCUGAAGAACCAGGAGGAAGCACCACAGGCCUCAGGCCAGCACCCCCAGGGCACAGCAGUCCCUCGAGACGUGAAGGCGGACGUGGUGCCCUUGACGGUCCACCGCGCACAGAGCUCUCCUGUGCUCAUCCAGCCCUCCCAGCUCUCCUCUGCCCUGCUGACCCCACCCCAGCACUCGCCUGGGGGGGCCAGUCCUCAGCCAACCAGCUCUCCAGCUGUCACACAGGAGGUGCCCCCUGCUCCGCAGUCAGCACAAGCAGCACAGUGCCCACAGGCACCCAUGAACGGUGCCGCCAUGCAGAGCAUGUUCAUGGAGGAAAUCCACAGUGUCAGUGCCAAGAACAGGGCGGUGUCCAUUGAGAAAGCAGAGAGGAAGUGGGAAGAGAAAAGACAAAAUCUGGACCACUACAAUGGGAAAGAGUUUGAGAAACUCCUAGAAGAAGCUCAGGCCAAUAUCAUGAAGUCAAUUCCAAACCUGGAGAUGUCUCCAGCCUCAGGCCCACAGCCAAAGGGUGAGGCUGCCGUGGACAAGCUGGAACUUGCAGAAGACUCUCCAAAUUCAGAACAGGACUUGGACAAGCUGGGGGGUAAGUCCCCACCGCCUCCUCCCCCGCCCCCGAGACGGAGCUACCUGCCAGGAUCAGGGCUGACCACCACCAGGUCUGGCGACGUGGUCUACACCAGCAGGAAGGAGAACGUCACCACUAAGGCUAGCAGUGAAGAUGCCGGACCAAGCUCACAGGCUAGAGCCACAAAAUGCCCAGCAGAGGAGCCUGCUUCUGCCUGGACCUGUUCCUCAAAGGAUGAGGAGGAGGAGGAAGAAGGAGACAAAAUCAUGGCAGAACUCCAGGCAUUCCAGAAGUGUUCCUUUAUGGAUGUAAAUUCAAACAGUCAUGCUGAGCCGUCCAGGGCUGACAGUCACGUUAAAGACAGUAGGCCGGGGGCCACAGUCUCACCCAAGGAGAAGAAGAAGAUGCUGUGUUGUUCGACUGCAGCCGCUGACUCAUUGCACUCAUUUGGGGGCCUCAUGGAGAACUUGGAAUUUUUCCAUGAAGACAUACAGAAAUCUGAGGUUGAAUAUGCAAAUGGCCCCCAAGUGGAAUCCCGAAAGGUUAUCGCAGGGGCUUUUACACCUGGUGACCAUCCUAUGUGGGAAAGAGGAAUGGAGAACAGUAUUUCUGAUGCCUCAAGAACAUCAGAGUAUAAAACUGACAUCUUAAUGAAGGAAAAUCCCAUAUCCAAUAAGAGUUUACUUAGAGACAGCAGAAACUAUGCCCAGAAAAAUGUGUCUAAGACCAAUUCCAGUUUCCCUGGUAUUAGUUCACUAGAAGAUGAAAUAAGCAAAGGGCCUAAAAUCUCAGGACUGCAGGACCCUGCCUCUGACACUGAGAGUCAGAAGAUGAAUUAUGUGAAGACAAAAGAGAUGAGUCAGCAAGACCAAGAAAACACAGAGAAGUGUCACCAGCUCUCUCCCACUAGAUCAGCUGAAUUGAGUACCUGUGAUAUCAAAACUCAAGAUCGAGAGGUUCCUGUGACAGAGUGUGGCCAAGUUGUGCUGAGACACAAGGGAGCUUGGCCUGCUAAUGUGAAGCCUAAUGAGGACAGAGAGUCAACCCUAAGUUCUCCCAGUGAAGAAAGUGCACCCACAGACAACAUUGCCUUCAUGAUUACCAGAACUGCGGUCCAGGUUCUUUCCAGUGGGGAGGUCCGAGAUAUAGUGAGCAAAAAGGGAGAAGAUGUGCAGACAGUGAAUAUUGAUGCCAAAAAAGAGACGACUCCCCAACAAGAAGGGGCUGAAACUGAAGCGCCAGUUGUCUGCCUGGACAAGAAACCAGUCAUCAUCAUUUUUGAUGAACCCAUGGAUAUCCGGUCUGCAUAUAAGAGACUUUCAACCAUAUUUGAGGAAUGCGAUGAGGAAUUAGAGAAAAUGAUGACAGAGGAAAAGAUAGAGGAGGAGGAAGAAGAAGAAAAUGGAGAUGCUUUGGUCCAGAAUAACACCUCCCAAAAGCCUCAUAAGGUUGUGCCAGGCAGCCCCGGAUCAGGACUGAAGGCUGAGAGUCGACUGCCGCCACACCUCCUCUUAGAAGGCACCAAAGUAUCAGGAAGACAGGACAUGAAUGAGACGGAGCCGACCACAUGCAGCCAAGCAGAUUCUCCAAGUUCAGAUAGCAAGUGUGACGUGACAUAUGACCAAUAUGAAAGCCCCAAGAAAAAGUUUAAGUUCAAAUUCCCUAAAAAGCAGCUUGCCGCUCUCACUCAAGCCAUUCGCACAGGAACCAAAACAGGGAAGAAGACUUUGCAGGUGGUCGUCUACGAAGAGGAGGAAGAGGACGGCACUUUGAAACAGCACAAAGAAGCCAAGCGAUUCGAAAUUACUAGGUCUUCUCAACCUGAAGACUCGCCCGAAAAUAGGCUCAAGAGACAAGAGCAGCCCAUCUUAGACAGCACAUCUCCCAUUUCAAGAACUGAUGAGAUUAGAAAAAAUACCUACAGAACAUUAGACAGCCUGGAGCAGACCAUCAAACAGCUUGAAAAUACAAUCAGUGAAAUGAGCCCAAAAGCCCUAGUUGAUACCUCAUGUUCUUCCAACAGAGAUUCUGUUGCAAGCUCAUCCCACAUAGCCCGGGAGGCCUCUCCCCGUUCCUUGCUAGUUCUGGAAGAAGCUCCCACUGCCCUAGAGCUCCCCUCAUCAAUACCUUCAGCUUCACGUAAGGCCUCCAGCGGGACCCCACAGACAAGCAGGAUGCCAGUCCCCAUGAGCUCCAAGAGUAGACCCGGGAGCCUGGACAAACCCGGCAAGCAGACCAAACUGCAGGAUCCCCGCCAAUAUCGUCAGGCUAAUGGAAGUGCUAAGAAAGCUGGUGGGGACUGUAAGCCUACUUUCCCCUCCUUACCUGCUUCUAAGAUUCCAGCCCUUUCUCCCAGCUCUGGGAAAAGCAGUUCUCUGCCCUCUGCUAGUGGCGACAGCUCUAACUCCCCUAAUCCAACUGCUUCUAAACCAUCGGUUACUUCUAACCCUCUCAGCCCCCAAACAGGACGAUCUGCUCCCUCUGCCUCCCUCAUCCCCUCUGUCUCUAAUGGCUCCUUAAAGUUUCAGAGCCCCACUCACACAGGUAAAGGUCACCAUCUUUCAUUCUCACUGCAGACUCCAAAUGGCCGAGCAGCCCCUUCCUCCUGCUCCUCCUCCCCCCCCUCCCCCGCCUCCCCCACUUCACUGAAUCAAGGUGCCAAGAGCAUCAGGACCAUCCACACUCCUAGCCUCACCAGCUACAAGGCACAGAAUGGAAGUUCAAGCAAAGCCACCCCAUCCACAGCAAAGGAAACCUCUUAAAGGCCAAAUCCUAUUAGGCACAAGUUGGAGUUGCAUUUAAAGAUUCAAAAAAAUUUUAAUAGUCCUCAACUGUUUUCACCGGAGAAUGUAACAUAUUGCUGUACUAUUUGAGGCUUAAUGCUAAGUAUGUGCUAAAUAUUGGAUUGAUCGAUUUUAGUAAAGCUUGUUUUGUUUUGUUUUUUACUUCGUUGCUGUUGUAAUUCCACAGUGUUCACCAUCUAUAUUCAUUCAGUACUGUUAAAUGAAGUGAGCAUGUGUUACCGAAAGCAAGUGUGGCGAGAGCAAAGGGUGCGUGUGAGACAGGAAAAAGUGUAUUCGGCAUGUAAACCAUGUAUGAUUCCAAAAUUUUAGUAUGUUUUAUAUAAAAAUAUUUUUCAUUAUGGAGACUAGAAGUGAACAGAGAAAUACACAAGUGUGACUAUACAAAUUGUAAAACAGAUACUAUAAUAUUUCCUUUUAUUUUAGUGUUAUUUAGCUUUAUUACAGAUUUCUAUUUUUGUCAAAACUUCAUGGUUCCUUUCGAGAUGUUUUUUGCCAAAACAUUUUGAUACUAUAGCAUUGUACAUUUGAAAGUAGUAUGCUAGACAAUAAGCCAAUGAACUUCUCGCUGGCCAACCCCGGGACACAUGUAGAAAGCAAUGUAUUGAACCAAUUGCACUGCCGUGAAAAUUAUGUGUAAUAAUUUGCCAGCCCAAACAAGCUAGUUUCCUUUCUUUGCAUUGCUUUCUGGUUUUCCUUUUUUAAAACCCCCUUCCUUGGUUUUCUCAGACCUGGCAACUGACACCGCCUAACAUUGCAGACUUUAAAGUGUACGCUUCUGUACUGUUCUGUAAACUGACAAACUUCUGUAAAUAUGUAAAUAGACAUAAAAAUACUGUAUGUGACAGCACAGAGAGUAGUUUUCCCACACCAAAGUUAGUUUUUAUGCAUGCUUUAAAAAUAUAUAUUGGGAUGGGCAGAAAUGGAACUAUCCAUACCUUUUUCAAGAGCAACAAGUUUGCACAGCAGCUAGAAUGUUUUUGUAAAUAACUGUAUUUGUAUAACACAGUCAUGUAAUAUACAGAACUAUAAGCAGAGACUUUGAGAAACUAAAUAAAGGGCUGCAUGCUUAU